AUGCACCACCCGCGUAUUCUUGCUUCGAUACAUACUUGGCACAUUCCUCAGCAAGUCAAGUGUGCACAGACCACCGUUACCGGGGUCAACACACACUCCAUAACGGCGGUGCAACGGAAAUCAGCCAUAUUCGGCCUCUAUCUGGCCUCAGAAUCGUUUUGUCUAUUGCCGCAGUGUUAUCUCGCAUUCCCCGCUUUAAGUAUUUCUACUGUUUCCGUCUCACUAUUCUCCCUACACCGCACAUGUAAUUCGGCCGCUUUUUUUCACUUGUCUCGUAGAAGGCUGUGCUUCCGCGCCGUCUGCGCUUCUGCUACUCUGUCGGCCACUCAGAAUCCACUUCGGUCUCCGUCGCACGGCUCGCUUCGAGUGCGUGGCACCAAAACGCCGCAGGUUGCCCUGCACGUUGAUGCGGUCGAAAACCACCCAAUCAAACAAGUACAUCUUACGACCAUAUCAGCACUCGAUCGCCCGUUAUCCCGUGCUUGCUCCCCUGGUGAACGAUUGCACUGA